UUCAAAAAAAAAAAAAAAAAACAGAUUACGCAAAAAAUCCUCCGCUAUAAUAUCAUCACUCAUAGCCUUCUCUUCUCGAGUCUCUAAUAAAAUCUCUGAUUUUUCCCAUUAGAAUUACUCCCUUUUUAGCCAUGUUUUCCUCUUCGAAAAGGAAGAAAAAGAACUCGAAUUCGUCGUCAGAAUCAUAGAGAUUACAGAUAUUAUCAUCAAUUCUUACAUACCCACAAAAAAAAAAAAAAAGAGAAUGGUUUUUCUUCCUUAUCUUCUUCUUCUCUUUCUGGUAAUCGUCUGUGGAUUGGUUUUGGUCCGUAUUCUUCUGUACAGAACAGGAUUGGUUUACAUCGUGAAAAAAUGGUGGAGAGCUUUCGAGGACUGUUUCCAUGUCUACCAAACAUUCAAAGUCCCCGAGUUCAACGACGCCAUGCAAGAGAAUCAGCUAUAUCGCAGAGUCGGCGAUUACCUCAAUUCCUUGCAAUCCGUCGAGGAUUCCGAUUUCACCAACCUCGUCGCCAGCAAAAGGCCCGGCGAGAUCGUCCUCAAGCUCGAUCGCAACCAGAGAAUCGAGGAUUUCUUCCUCGGAGCGAAAUUGGUUUGGCUGAACGAAGAGAGAGGAGAGAGAAACGCAUCCAGAAGCUUCGUUUUGAAGAUUCGGAAGGCCGACAAGCGGAGGAUUCUGCGGCCGUAUCUGAACCAUAUUCACGCCGUCGCCGAUGAGGUCGAGCAGAGGAAGAGGGAUUUGAAGCUUUACAUGAACCUCGGAGGAGGAAAUCUCUGUGAUCGUGGCGGCGGACGGUGGAGAUCGGCGCCGUUCGCGCAUCCGUCGACUUUCGAGACGAUCACCAUGGAAGCCGAUCUCAAAUCGAAGGUGAAAUCGGAUCUCGAGAAUUUCGUCAAGGCGAAACAGUAUUACCACCGGUUAGGCCGUGUUUGGAAGCGGAGUUAUUUGUUGUACGGACCUUCCGGUACCGGAAAGACGAGCUUCGUCGCCGCCAUGGCGAAUUUCCUCGGAUACGACGUCUACGAUCUCGAUCUCUCCAGAGUCACCGACGACUCCGAUCUGAAAAUGCUGCUGCUGCAGACGACGAACCGGUCGGUGAUCGUGAUUGAGGAUCUUGAUCGGUUCUUGAUCGCGAAAUUGACGGCUGUGAGCUUAUCGGGCGUGUUGAAUUUCAUGGACGGCCUGCUUAACUCGUGCUGCACGGAGGAGAGGAUCAUGGUGUUCACGACGAACGGAAAAGACGAUAUUGACCCUGCGAUUCUCCGGCCGGGUCGGGUCGAUGUGCAUAUCCAUUUCCCUUUGUGUGACUUCGUUGCGUUCAAGAACUUGGCCAAUAGCUAUUUGGGUCUAAAGGAGCACAAGCUUUUCCCCCAAGUGGAGGAGAUUUUCCAAAGCGGGUCGAGUUUGAGCCCGGCCGAGAUUGGGGAGCUUAUGAUGGCGAACCGCAACUCACCCAGUCGGGCCAUCAAGUCCGUCAUCUCCGCGUUGCAAACAGACGGUGAUGGGAGGGGCGUGGGGAAGAUCGGACGGAGGUUGUGCGACAAUGGGCCGAUGAGCUUCUCAGAGGAGCCGGGUUCACCCGCCGGAGCAUUUUUUGAUGGGGUCCAUCCGGUAAAGGAUAUCCGUAAAUUGUAUGGAUUUUUGCGGGUGAAGAGCAACAGAAAACAAGCUUUUGAUGCGGGUUCGGGUCAGAAGAGUGGUUGAUCCGAUUUUACUUUCGAAUUUGUUAGUACAUGUCAAAUUGCCAUUUUGGGGGGCCAAAGGUCAACGGCUAGAAUUCCUAUAGCAAAAGGCUAUUGUUUAUGGCUUAGAUCAAAAGCUUUUUUUGUUAAUGAACAAAAUUUAGAUUGUGAUAGUGUCA